AUGCACCACAUGUCCUCCUUGACAACUCUUCUCUGCCUGAGUGCCGCUACAGUCCAUGCCUCCCCUCAAUGGCACCGACCACCCCCUCCACCGCAUCACAACAACUCCAGUCCCCUCCUCGUCGACCUAGGCUACGCCCAAUAUCAAGGCUUCCAAGAAACCACCGACACCCGCAUGAACGCCUGGAUGGGCAUCCGCUACGCAGCACCACCCACAGGCAGCCAACGAUGGCGACCUCCCCAAUCUCCCCGUUCCAAUCGAAGCACAAUUAUACAAGCCGAUACUGCUCCGCCGAGAUGUCCGCAGUCGUUUCAGUCGCCCGUGUCUCCUGACUUGUCGUAUACUGGGGAUGAAGACUGUUUGUUUCUGAAUGUUUUUGCGCCGGAGGGGGCCAAGAACUUACCUGUCUUCUUCAACAUUCAUGGCGGUGGGUAUGGAGCGGGCGCUGCGGCGGGGCAGUUUGAUCAAUUGACACAGGUCAAUGAUUAUGGGUUCGUCAGUGUUGCGAUACAGUACCGUCUGGAGUCUUUCGGCUUCCUGGCGAGUACUGCUGUUCAAAAUGAUGGGACUGCGAAUGCUGGACUGCUGGAUCAACACUUUGCUUUGCAGUGGGUACAGCAGCAUAUUUCUAAGUUUGGUGGCGACCCACGAAGAGUGACAAUCGCUGGCCAGUCAGCAGGUGCUGGGUCUGUCGAAAUGCAAGCUCUGGCAUACGGUGGACGAGAUGGAACGAAAUACUUCGACAAGGGCAUCGCAGCGUCUCCCUACACUCCGGUGCUAUACCACUACAAUGAUCCAGUUCCCGAACAGCAUUACUUAAAGCUGGCACAAGAGGCAGGAUGUUACAAUGGCAGUACCACCGUGCGACGCGAUGCGGACCGAACAAUCCUGAGAUGCCUGAGGAAUGUUGACAGCGCCACGCUCCAGACGGCCAACUUCAACGUCGGCGGCGGCAUCAAUUAUGGCUCGUGGGCGUUUGUUCCGGCUGUUGUCGAUGGUGGUUUCAUACAGGAUCUUCCGAGCAAUCAGCUUGUGGCUGGAAGAGUCAAUGGCCGUGUUGUGCUUACCAGUCACAACUCGAAUGAGGGUGCUGAAUUCGUCGAUCCAACUAUCAAAACUGCGAGCGAUUUCGAUAACUGGUUGCUCUCUGAAUACCCAGAUCUCACGCAGAGGGACAUUGAUCAGAUCAACAACGUCUACUACCCCUACAAAGACGAGUCGGACGUGCCAUUCGCAACGUGCGGAAACUGCGGUGGACCCAAUGCUAUCAACGUGGGCACUUUUGCAACAGGACACCAGCAGAGGGCGAUUGAGUUCUAUUCUGAGGCCACAUUCGACUGCCCCAGCUACUGGCUCGCUGGCUCAUACUCAGGCCGGGGAAAAUCCGGAUACAAAUACAUCUUCUCCAUCCCAUCUGGCAAGCACGGUCUGGACCAAGUCGCAGAAUCACUGAUCGACUAUCCCAAUGGCUUGGUCGCCAACAUUGGCGGCGACUUGCACGCCGCGCUCACAACUGCCUGGGGCAACUUUAUCAAGACUGGCAACCCUUCCAUCUCUAACCUGCUGGCAAAUGGUAACAGCACGGGGGACACCUCGCCAAACCCUGCGAGUCACUGGCCGGAGUUUACGUUUAAUGGAAGAAACUCGUGGCAGGCCAUCAACUUGAACAACACGGGAGGUGUGCUGUAUUAUCCUUUCACACAGGUCUCUGGGCUUCCGUCUCCUGCUCAGUACAUGGAUCCUGGGCUCAUGAAUAACUUCACGCAGGUGAAUGGGUAUACGUGGGAGGGAGGCAUUGGAAGGAGAUGUGACUUUUUGCGAAGCAUUGGCAGUCGGAUUCCUGUGUAG